CAUCGAAGCUGCGCGGCGCGUCGCAGUACGAGUUCCGUCUUGGUCGUGUGCGUGUCGCCAGUGCUUCAUCCCUUAAUCAGACGACUCUGUGUACACGCAGAAGAGCAACAUGGCAGUCUCGCUUACCACCGAGGACAAACUGGAGUAUCACUUCUACCCGGUGACGGCCGGGCAGAUACAAUUCCGGGUAAAAGCGGCCAACGAUGCUCACAUCGCUCUCACGACCGGUCCUCAGGAAGGAGAUCCGAUGUACGAGAUCUUCAUCGGCGGAUGGAGUAACAGCAAGUCGGUCAUACGCAAGAACAGAACCAAGCCGGAUGUGGCGGAGGUGGAAACACCCGGGAUCCUCAGCGGUGAUGACUAUCGCGGCUUCUGGAUCAGGUGGGACGACGGCACCCUCACGGUGGGCAAGGAGGGCGACUCGGGUCCGUUUUUGUCCUACGCUGAUCCGGAACCGUUCGGGAUCGGCUACUUCGGCGUCUGCACCGCCUGGGGUGCCAUCGGUGAUUGGCUCAUUGAAGGUCACCGCAACUCCUUGAACACCCCUAACAAGCUAGAGUACAAGUUUCAUGCCGUGCGAGGCGGCUCGGUGCUGAUCGACGUGAAAGCUAAGAGCAACGGGCACGUCGCGCUGACCAACCAGAAGGGCGAGUCGAGCCCCAUGUACGAAAUCAUACUCGGAGGGUGGGAAAACACGGCGUCCGUUAUUAGAUACGAUCGCAAACAGCCCGACAAGGUGCGCGUGGACACGCCGGGUCUGCUCAGCGAGCACGAGUACAAGAGGUUCUCGAUCACGUGGUUCGAGGGCCUCGUCACGGUGAGAACGGGCGGUCAGAACGGUGCUGUCCUCAUGAAAUGGCAUGAUCAGUCGAAUCCCAUCGGCGUGGGCUACGUGGGGGUGCGCACCGCUUGGGGUGCGACCGGGAACUGGAAGCUCCGUUUCGAGCAAUACCCCGCAGUCGCUAGCGGUCAAAAACAUCCCGGUGCCACGCCGUCCGCGCCGUUGGAAGUCCGCGCGCUCGGCGCGGGAAGCGAGUGCUGGUGCGAUGCGUCCGGUGGAAUGAUACCACCGGCUGCGGUCGAGGGUGGAAACGACGGCGAGACCUUGUUCGUCGGUAGGGCCCGUCACGAGGGUGCUCUCAUUCCCGGCAAGGUGAAGCCCAGCCACUGCGUCUGCUACGUCCCCUGGGGUGGCGAGGAACAUGGGAAGACUGAUUAUCAGGUUCUUUGCGGAUGCAGUCCAAAGUGGGUGCCAGUGAGCGGCGGCAACAUCCCGCAGAACGCGAUUCCGGGAGGCGAGACCGAAGACGGUGAGCCGCUCUUCGUCGGCCGCGUGCAACACGAGGAUACGUUGACCAUCGGCAAGGUGCAGCCCUCCCAUAGCGUGUGCUACAUACCUUUUGCCGGCUCCGAGAUCGCUUUCCCCGACUACGAAAUCCUGGUAUCGCAGUAAACGGUCGAGAAACAAUCCGGCGAGGAAAUCGAUGGAAGCCUGCGGCUUUAUCGGCAGUUCUGCAGAAAAGCGCGAAAACAGUCUCGGCCUCGCGACCAUGCAGCCAAAAAUAUGAGAUGUGUAGUUCUAGGAUCAAAUUAUUGUAUUUACAUAAACGAUGAGAAACAUUUUUCCGACUGAUCUUUUACUACAUAUAAUUCUCAUUGCUUUCCGUUGCUUGUCACGUUCAUUUUAUUGUUUCAACGCCGUGACGCAGAUCCAGCGUGUUGCACUUACCCGCCGUUAAUUAACCUCAUCUUUGCGUUAAGAAUGAACGUUGCGUUAAAGAUAUUUCUUUGCCGUUUAUUGCGUUUAACUAACGACGAUAUGAACAAAGUAUAAAAUUACAUGUAUCGAUAGGACAUGUGAUAAUAAAAUAACAUUUUUAAUUGAA